UCAUAACAUUCAAGAUGUCUGCCGCCAUUACUUCCCUCGUUUCAUACGGUAGCGAUUCUGACUCAGAAAAUGAGUCAGUCUCUAAUACCAGUACCGAGAAAAAUGACACGACUGAUCCGGACGCUACAGCCCAUCUCAAACCUUUGCAGCCUGGAUGCACAAUGGCUUUGGCUGUUCUUAAUUCUGCUCCCGAGGUCGCUGUUAAGGAGGCUGUCGAGACAGGGACACACUUGGACCCUUCUCUGAAAGAAGUCUCUUAUAACCCAACAUUUGAAACCAUGUUUGCACCCGAAUUUGGGCCAAUGAACCCUUACAAGACCCAGCAAAUGGCUGCUCCCAGGAACAUGCUGUCUGGUUAUGCAGAACCUGCUCAUGUCAAUGACUUCAUGUUUGAACAGCAAAGGAGGACUUUCUCCACAUAUGGUUAUGCUUUAGAUCCUUCUGUUGACACACACCAAACAUCCUCUCUUAGCUACAUUGGUGCAGUGGAUGAAGCUGAGAAAAAUAAAGGAUUGACUGUGUUCGAAAGCAGUGGGAAGAAGUCGGAGAAAAGAAAGAAGAUCAAAGGUGGAGAUGCAGGAGAAAUUGAUAAUUUUCUUGGACCAUGGGCAAAAUAUAUAGAUGAGAAAGAUGUUGCCAAGCCCUCAGAGGAGGAGCAGAAAGAACUUGAUGAGAUCACAGCCAAAAGGCAGAAGAAGGGAAGGAAUGAAGAGGAGGCUCCUGCAGAAGAGAAGACCAUUCUCCACAUCAAAGACAUGUAUGACUACCAAGGUAGGUCAUACCUUCAUGUCCCACAGGAUGUGGGCAUCAACCUGCGGUCUGCGGAGGCUCCAGAUAAGUGUUACCUUCCAAAGAAACAGCUUCAUGUCUGGUCUGGACACACUAAGGGUGUCAGUGCUAUCCGAUUAUUUCCCCACUCUGGUCAUCUGCUGCUCUCCUGCUCCAUGGACUGUAAGAUUAAGCUGUGGGAGGUAUAUGGUGAGAGAAGGUGUAUUCGGACAUUUAUUGGUCACAGCAAAGCAGUGCGAGACAUUUGCUACAACAACAGUGGGACCCAGUUUCUCAGCGCUGCAUACGACCGCUACCUUAAACUGUGGGACUCUGAAACAGGUCAGUGUAUCUCCCGCUUCACCAACAGGAAGGUGCCAUACUGUGUCAAGUUCAAUCCAGACGAAGACAAACAGAACCUUUUUGUGGCCGGCAUGUCGGAUAAAAAGAUUGUCCAGUGGGACAUCAGGACGAGUGAGGUGGUUCAGGAGUACGACCGCCACCUGGGUGCUGUCAACACAAUCACCUUUGUCGAUGAGAAUCGCCGGUUCGUCAGCACAUCAGAUGACAAGAGCCUUCGAGUUUGGGAGUGGGACAUCCCUGUGGACUUCAAGUACAUUGCUGAGCCCAGUAUGCACUCCAUGCCAGCUGUGACACUCUCUCCCAAUGGUAAAUGGCUGGCAUGCCAGUCCAUGGACAACCAGAUUCUUAUUUUUGGAGCCCAAAACCGCUUCAGACUGAACAAGAAGAAAGUUUUCAAGGGCCACAUGGUGGCUGGCUAUGCCUGCCAAGUGGACUUCUCUCCAGACAUGAGCUAUGUGGUGUCUGGGGAUGCAGAUGGAAAGCUGAAUAUUUGGGACUGGAAGACCACCAAGCUGUACCACAGGAUCAAGGCUCACGACAAAGUGUGCAUCAGCGCCCUGUGGCAUCCACAUGAAACCUCCAAGGUCAUCACGUGCGGGUGGGAUGGACAGAUCAAACUCUGGGAUUAGAGCUGUCCUGCAUUUUGCCUGCUUUGCAGAGAGCUUCUUUAGAAAUGAUGCACAGAUCUGCAGUUCGCCCCAUGAACUGGUAAAACUAUUUUUGAGUGAAAGGACUGGUAUCCAGUCUUAUUUCUGGAAGUGUUUUUUGUAUCCUGUCAUGAGAGUUCAAAUGGUGUACACAUGGAAUAUUUGUACAAAUAUGAAAACAUACGACUCCUAAAAUUUGUUUCUAGAAAUAUUAACAGGGUUCUUUAAUGUUUUUUUUUCUACUUUUAUUGUUUUCAUCUGCAAUGUCAUGUAAAAAAAACAACAUUCACAUCACUGUCUUUUUGUGGAAAUAAACAUUGUGCACAUUUUACCUUUUGACAAAAUUAA